AUGGCGACACGGGGCAAAUCUAGCCUUAUAUGGAGCACUGGAGAGCCUGCUGAUCAACUUGUAUCAUGUUUUGCUAUUAAGCUUAUGAAGCAAGGUGUAUAUGUGCUGAAUGUCCAGCCUUUUCACGAACGCGCUGGUAAUGGUGAACUAAUAUAUGUUCAGAACAUACAAUUCAAAAAAGUGUAUGUCUGA